CCGCAGCCAAUCCCCACGAGGUAUUGCUCGAUUCUUGACUAAGCGAAAGAGACACCUCCACAAAGAUCGCAACUGCAGGUGUUCAGCGUCUGUGAGUCGUCCCAACGAGAACAGGAGCUUGGUCGGGAGGUUUCGCUAAUUCUUUGAGCAGCACUUGUUCUCUCCAAAAUUCCAUUGCACUCAGAAAUUAAUCUACUAUGUCGGACAUCGAUAUCUACGACGUUAGCGUUGGCACCUACAUGGCAGGCGUCACUUCGCUUGUGAACAUCCUCAAGAAAGCAGCGUUACAGCCCGACGCUGACACCUUACCAUCCGCCAAAUUGAUCGACGACAUGCAGCCCCUCAGCUUUCAAGUGCAAUCCGUUUCCAACACUGUUAGCAAGUCACUGAAAUGGGUGAUCGGCACGGAGGUGGAGUCGUGGGAAGACAAUGAGACGACCAUGGAACAGCUGAUCGAACGUGUUGAGAAGACGCUCGCAAUGCUAAAGAGCAUCGAUCCAAAAGCACUCGAGGGAAGAGAGUCGGCGGAGAUCAAACUCUCGCAUGGAACUUUCACAGGGAAGCAAUUCAUCUUUAGUUUCGGGAUGCCGAGCUUUUUCUUCCACCUGCAGACGGCGUAUGCUAUACUUCGCAUGAAGGGCGUCCAAAUUGGCAAGGCGGACUACAUGGAUUCUUUCAAGGGAUCUUGGGACCAUUCUUAAAUGCUGGAGAGAAUGUUCAGACUUGAGAAGGGGGCACCGGGAAUAUAGCCAGGCACGUGCUGAAUACCGUAGUGUAGCAGCCCCUAAGCGAAGCCCCUGGAUUUAGCGAACCCCACUAAAAGCCACUCUCCAACCCUUUUUUUCUCAGUGCCACGCUUGUUGAAUAUUGCAGCCCUUGACUUCUACUGCGUUACUCCGCUCGAUACUUUUGCUUUCAAGCAAUAUCUUUUAU